AUGUCGACCGUAGCAUUCGCCGCCAGCGUCACCCACGCCCUCGUCGCCGUGGGCCACACGGUCCACGGCGUCAACACCUUCUCGCUCCCCCCCUUCCGCUCCCUCCCGGCCCUACUGGCCUGCUACGCCAAAGCGGGCUGGUACCAAGGCAGCGCCUUCUUCACGAUCCUCGCGCUGUACACCUACCAGUUGUCGAAGAAGCCGGCCGCCACCUGGACGCAGAUCGACCGUGCGAUUUUGGGCAUGUUGGCUGCGUGA